CCCCUACAUGGCAGAUCGAUAGCCUUACUGUGACAACGCCCAUAUCGUCACGAUGUUUGAACGAUCAUUAAGUUCACUCAUCAAGGGGCUAAGAUCACAUCGGGGCAAAGAUGAAGCAAGAUAUGUGGCUACAUUGAUGGAUGAGAUCAAGAUGGAAGUUCGAAGUGGUGAUAUGGAAAUCAAAGCAGAAGCAAUUUUGAAGCUUACUUAUUUGCAAAUGCUGGGAUAUGCUCCUUCAAAUGCAUCUUUUCAUAUGCUUGAGGUGAUGGCAUCUCCUCGCUUUCAUUUGAAGCAUGUAGGAUAUUUAGCUGCAUCGCAAACAUUCACGCAAGAUACCGAUGUUUUAAUAUUGGCAACAAAUAUGGUCAAAAAAGAUCUUCGGUCAUCUUCUUCACUGGAUAUUGCUGUGGCACUCAACGGUUUAUCGCACAUUUUGACGCCGGACUUGGCCCAGCAUCUCUCUUCAGAUGUCAUCACUCUCCUCACACACACCAAACCAGUCAUACGCAAAAGAGCUCUUCUCGUUCUCCAUUCAAUCAUUUUGCAGUAUCCACCAGCUCUCGAACAAGCUUUGCCAAAAAUAGCAGAAAGGCUAGAUGAUCCUGACAAUGGCGUUGUAUCGGCAACUGUGAAUAUCGUUUGCGAAUUGGCUCGUCGAGAUGAAAAGAUUGCCAAAGCUUUCUUGCCUCUAUCUCCGCAAUUGUUUCAUCUAUUGACUAAUUCAACAAAUAAUUGGAUGUUGAUCAAAAUCGUCAAGCUUUUUGGUGUUCUCACACCACUUGAGCCAAGGCUGGCAAAGAAGCUUCUGCCGCCUAUCACCACACUGAUUACAACAACGCCAGCAAUGAGUUUAUUGUAUGAGUGUAUGCAUACAGUCAUCAUUGGUGGGAUGCUGGAGGGCACAGGAGGCGAUGAAUUGGCGGCUACAUGCUCAGAGAAGCUUGGGGUAUUUCUGGAGGAUGACGAUCAAAAUUUGAGGUAUAUCGCUCUGUUGGCUCUGGUAAAGAUUUUGCCAACGCACCCACAUCUCGUUGCUGUGCAUCAAGAUAGCAUUUUUGAGUCGAUGGAUGAUGAAGAUCUAAGUAUUCGAUUUAGAGCGUUAGAUUUGGUUUCAGGAAUGGCAAGUCGUGAAAAUUUUGUGGAUAUUGUAGAACAGCAAUUACGGUAUUUGGACCCUAGUAAGACUGUACCUAAGCCACCCUCAGCAGCACAAGCUUUACGUCAAGCAAUGCAAGCAAAUGGUGCAGUAGCCAAUGCACCUUCUACCUCUUGGAUUACUGCCUCUUAUCGACUGGAAAUCAUUAACCGAAUCUUAGACCUUGGAUCGCAAGAUACGUACACGAAUAUUGUUGAUUUUGAGUGGUACGUCGAUGUUUUGGUCCGUCUGCAACAAUUGGCAGGCAAUGCUGUCGGUUUCCGUAUUCAAGAGCAGUUGAUCGAUAUAAGCGCGCGUGUACGGGCCAUUCGGCCACACGCAAUCUACAAAUUGAAACAGGUGAUCGAAGAUUUCAACUUUAUCGAUGGGCGUAGUGGGGAAAGCGGACAAGAGUUACUGAUCCUUCGAGCUGCUGCUUGGAUUUGUGGGGAGUAUUGUCAACAUGUUGCCUAUCCUCCGGCCAUAAUCAGUCUUUUGUUACGAUCGGAGACAUUAAAGGUUUGUGAUGGAGUCACACGGGCGAUGGUGGUGCACAAUGCUAUCAAAUUGUUCGCGUGGUGGCUAUUGGAACAAGGACGUCAAUGGACCGAGGAUAAGCUGAAAGAUGUGCAGACAGUCACAAAUGAGGUUGCUUCGAGUAUAGAGAGUACACUCGCGAUCGCAAAUGACAUUGAGUUGGAAGAGCGUCUUUCGGAGUUCAAUGUGUUGGUUAACAUUUUGCAGGGCGAUCUUCAAAACAGGACGCAGGUCGGGACAGAGAAGGAUUCACAGAAGGAUGUACAACAGGAUGCCGCCAAGGAAUCGCCCUCUGCACCAAAAAGUCUACAGCUUCUGUCACCAUUGUUCUUUGGACAUGCGUUAGGACCGGUUGCAAAGAAAGCGCAGAGUAAGGUUGCUGUACCGUCUGGCUUGGAUCUUGAUACAUGGUUCGUCGAGCCUGCCGGAAUUCGCAUCAUAGAUGAAUGGGAGGCAGAAGAAGCAGCAAAGAAAGCGGAGGCGAAAGCUGCUGGAGGGAAGACGAAGCGGAAAGGAAGCGAAUCAGAGAAAACUGCUGAUUCACAAGAACGGAGAAAGUUGAAAGCAGAAAGGCUAAAAAGGCAAAGCGAAUCGCCUUUCUAUCUUGGAUCCAAACCUGGUCAGACGAAAGCGCAGCCGGCUAAUCUGAUCGAUGAUCAGGGAGACGAUAUUGAUUCGAUCCCGAUCGUACAGCUCCAGCUUGAUGAGAAAGUGAACGAAGCCAAGACGCCGCCCAUCAUUCCACAACAAGAGGAAGAAGAAAUGCCAGAUGCUGCAGAGGUGGAAAAUGUAGCUGUUCGAAAGGCUGUAUCCAAAAAGAAGAAGCGGUCAAAAGGAGUUUCAGAAGCAACACUUCAAUAAACAUGUACAAUUAGAGCAUUUCAUACCAUAGCAAUUCAUUAUACAUAC